AUGCAGCAACUCACGCGCCUGCUGAUCGUGUCCACGACCCUCAAUGUCUUUUCCCUCUGCAACACACAACGUGCAAAUGACGCGCUGAAUCCGCGCCACCAUUUCCGAACGCCAAUUACAGUAUCCCGUGACACUGAACUGAGCCCAACAGCCACUCAGCCAGCUGCUGCGCAGCUUUCAUCUUCUUCCUCCUCCUUCCCCGCCUCCUUUCUUCUCUCCUCGGAAACCUCACCCCACCUUUCCUACCAUUCACACUGCCAAAAGUAAAAAAUAAAAAUCCCGCACAGAUCAAUAGAUUCAGUACACCAUGAAACUUCCUCCAACACCCCAAAUAAUAAUUAUCUCAAAUCUCACCCCCUCCCCUCACAAUGCAUCCCGCCAUUAGACCCCACAAGUACUUCCUCUCCCGCCUUCUCCUCCUUCUCUGCUUCUUUCUCUCCUCGUGCUUGGCGAAGUUUCCGCCGUCCGUUUUCCCGCCGGCGACCCUUCUCCCCCCGUCCGACGCUGUCUCCCUCCUCUCCUUCAAGUCCAAGGCCGACUUGGACAACAGGCUUCUCUUCAACCUCAACGAGCGCUUCGAUUACUGCGUGUGGCAGGGAGUCAGCUGCGACCAGGGCCGGGUCGUCCGUCUCGCCUUCCAAGGCUUCAGCCUCCGCGGCGUCUUCCCCCCCGACUCCCUCGCCCGCCUCGACCAGCUCCGAGUCCUCAGUCUCAAGAACAACUCGCUCUCCGGUCCCAUUCCCGACCUCUCCGGACUCGUCAACCUCAAGUCCCUCUUCCUCGAACGCAACUCCUUUUCCGGCUACUUCCCUGCUUCCAUCGUCUCUCUUCACAGGCUUCGAUCUCUCGAUCUCUCCCACAACAACUUCACCGGUCCUAUCCCUCCCAGGCUGUCCAGUCUUGACCGGCUCAGCUCUCUCCGCCUCCAAUGGAACCGCUUCAACGGCUCCCUCCCUCCCCUGAACCAGUCGUCGCUCCAGGUCUUCAACGUUUCCGGCAACAACAUCACCGGGCCGAUACCAGUCACCGCAGCUCUCUCUCGCUUCGACGCGUCGUCGUUUUUGUGGAACCCUGGUCUUUGCGGCGAGGUCAUCAACAGAGCGUGCGGGUCUCGGCCUCCGUUUUUCGAAUCUUCCACCACGAUUCCGCCGCCGGGGCCGCUUACGCAGGGCGCGCAGUCACAAGGGACUGCGCUGUCUCCGCCGAUAUCGCUGAACAAGCACAAGAGAACUGCUCUAAUUCUAGGGUUUUGCAUUGGGUGUUCAGUACUAAUUUUGUCCGUUUUCAUAUUCCUGGCAUUUGGUAAAAAACAGAGUAAUAGGAGAGUCCCGAAGCAGGCCAUGGCGGCUUCAGAUAUUGGAAGUGCCGAUGCUCGAGCCGAGAAAACUGAAGUAUCGAAUGCAGUAGAAGAUAGCAACUUGGGGGAGAAGGGAAGGGGAAUUCAACGGGUGAGGAGAAGUGGGAAGUUGGUGUUCAGCGCAGGGGAGGUGGAGGCUUACACUCUGGAGCAGUUGAUGAGGGCUUCGGCUGAAAUGUUGGGCAGAGGUACGAUUGGGACUACGUAUAAAGCUGUGAUGGAUAAUCAGCUGAUAUUGUCCGUCAAGAGGCUGGACGUCAGCAAGACGGCGAUUACGAGUGGCGAGGCGUUUGAGCAGCACAUGGAGGCGGUGGGCGGGCUGCGCCACCCGAAUUUGGUACCGUUGAGAGCGUAUUUUCAGGCCAAGGAAGAGAGGCUCAUCGUCUACGAUUACCAACCCAAUGGCAGUCUCUUCUCUCUCAUUCACGGUUCAAGAUCAACCAGGGCAAGGCCUCUCCACUGGACAUCGUGCUUAAAGAUAGCAGAAGAUGUGGCACAGGGCCUCGCCUACAUCCACCAAGCAUCAAGGCUUGUCCAUGGCAACUUGAAGUCUUCCAAUGUUCUCCUUGGCUCCGACUUUGAGGCCUGUCUCACAGACAAUUGCCUAGCCAUCCUUGCACACUCAUCUUCCAACGAUGAUCCAGGCACAGCACGCUAUAAGGCUCCCGAAACCCGCAAGUCCAUCCACCAAGCCACUCCCAAGUCCGACGUCUACGCAUUUGGGGUUCUCUUACUGGAGAUUUUGACAGGUAAACACCCAUCGCAGCACCCAUUCCUUGUGCCCGCUGAUAUGCCAGAUUGGGUGUGUGCAAUGAGAGACGAUGAUGGAGGGGAAGACAACAGACUGGGAAUGCUUGUUGAAGUAGCUGCUAUUUGUAGCUUGACAUCUCCAGAGCAGAGGCCUGUGAUGCAGCAAGUGCUGAAGAUGAUACAGGAGAUUAAGGAAAGCGUAAUGGCUGAGGAUAACAAUGCCAAUGCCUUUCAUGGUUUUUCAUAGAGCUUUUGUUUUGUGUGCGCAUGCUUGGAAUCAAUUGUGCAAGAAAGAAUGAACAAGCUAUAAAGACUUCCUCGAGAGGAAUUGGGAACAGAUGUUUAAUUAAUUUGCGGGGCUAAAAUCUGAGGGCAUUGUUCUUGGUCUCAUUGAAUGAAAGUCCACCAUUGCCUCUUUCUUGGAAUUGUUUUUACUCCUUCAUUUUUUCAUUUAUUUGAUUUUCUUUUAAAAGAAGGUGCAAAUCAAAUCUUGUUACCAUAUAUGUAACUUCUAAAUUCUAAUGGCGGGUUGCUGAGCAAAGUUUUCCACCAAAUUGGACUAUUGGAUUUGUGGUGGUAUAUGGAAGUGGGCCAUAUGAUCUAAUGGUGUAGAUGUGAAUGUGGUACUUCUUGAUAUGUAGAUACAUAUGUAUGUAUGUAUGUAUGAAUAAAUUAAUUUAGCAUAUUUUGAAUUCCA